AGCAAUGAGCUGUAAGCUUGCUAUAAAAAGCAAUAUAUUUGCUUCAAAUAGCAUUUUACUUCGUUUGUUCACCAACACAACACUAUACCUUUUAUACCAUAAAUAUUGGUAAUUGAACCAAUUCUUUUUUUGGACAGCAUUUAAUUUUUGAGCUCUUUUUGUUUUCUUUCUCUGCAGAAAUGGAGCAGAGUUUGGACUCUUUUUUCGAGCGACAGCGCCAGGAGCGCGCAAAUGAAAUCCGUCUCCUGAAUCAAACGAGCUUGACUGUUCAAAUGGGAUGUGAAAACAAUUCACUCACGCAAAUGCUCAGCGAUCGAAUUGAGAUUACUAAAAUUGACUGCAGCAAUACACCUUCAGCUUCUGUAAAUACUUCGAAUACGAGCAGUUCAGGAAAUCAGAACCAAAACUUCGAUUUGACUCUGGACCAAUUUUUUGAGUCUCAACGAGCUCAGAGAAUCAGCGAAGUCGAACGACUCGCUACGCAGAUGCCUUCUGGAUAUGACCGGCGAUUCGUGCUAAACGAGAUGCUCCAACGAAGUCAGGUGAGACGAGGGGGUGAAAAUGAGACUACAAUAUCGGAGCUAGAAUCAGUCAUGAAUGCGCAGAGGGUUAGAACAUUGCUGUCGAACACUUUCCGAACACGUCUGGAAAACGCCCUCCGAAGUCCGCCUCAGAGUGUACAAAAUCAACAGAACAACCGAUCUAGUCGAAGGGGCCACAGGAACACUCGACGAAGCGAGGAACCUAGGCGAAAUCGUGUACCAUCGGCACCUGAUCGCCAAGUCCGUCCUGUGAUUCCUACUCCUCCCGCGCCACCGGUAUCCGAAGCACCUCAACCUGUCGGCUGGCAGUCUGUUCAAGCGCACGUGAACGACGAUAGAGUGGUGAGAAAUGAAAGAUUCGACGUAUUUGCUGAGAUAAGUAGUCUUAUUAGUGAACAGAUUGUAACCCAGACUUUGAAUAGUACAAUUUCUGAUCUUCUUGAAAGUCACUUGCAACAUCGAAUUGAAUCGGCACCUUCUGUUUUCACGUGGGAAGCGAGAGAAGAAUCGAUGCGAACCCUGAACAACUUGCCUCGACAACAAAGAGCUCGAAACGACUUCUCUGAUAUUGGUAUUGUGGAUGUUCCAACAACUAAUGGAAGACGUUUCGCAGCUGCCGUGCCUCCACCACCUGCAUACCGACGUCCCGCUGCUCGGCGUGGUGCACCCGGACAAACUUCCGAAAGUGACGAGAGAAUUGAGCGACUUGAGUCUAUGAUGGAAUCGAUGCAGAAUCUCCUCACGAGACAAACGAGCUCACAAGCUCAGCUUGAGAGCGCAAUUCAGCAAGUGAUUCUGAAUCAGACUUUGCUGUCAACAAAUGCGACUGGAAUUUCCGUUUCGGUUCAACCGGAAUCUGCUGGAAAAUGUGUUGUAUGCCUGGACGAGUCAAGACCGGUCGACAAUGCGUUUUACAGAUGUGGUCAUGUGAUUGCCUGCACACCUUGUGCAGCUGUUCUUUUGGCUGUCAAUCCUUACUGCCCUCUUUGUAGACAGAAAAUCGAUGACGUCAUCAAGUUGUACAAAUUGACUUAACUAUUACAAUAUGUAAAAAAUAGCCGUUUUUUUAAAUGAUCAUUCUUGCUCUUAUACUUAUUUAUGCAAAAUUAAAUUACAUUUUGCUGAAAUAGUCUUUCAUGAUACUCUGAUAGAAGGCCCAAUAAGGGGUAGCACUAUCAAUUCGUACUCAUUUUGAUUCUCGACUGAGGAGCAUUUUUCCGACUAUUUAUUUUUGCUAUUAUCUUAAGGAUAUCGAUAUUCGAAUGCAAAACUUAAGAUAUAAUUUUUUGCGCUGUUUACCCUAUAAAAAUAGAAAUUGGGAACUUUUUGCUGGAAAUUAUUUUUGUCGAAUUUAUUGACUGAAAUGAAAAAACUGCCGUUACGCUGAGGUGAUGACUCAGACUCAGAAAAUGUUUCCAGUUUUCGGUAGGCACUAACUGAUUGAUUACCUGACAGAUUUUUAUUAUAUUUUGAUUUGUGAUAGUGACUAAAAUAAUUCACGCCAUUUUAGAUCUGUUCACUCUCUGUCAAAAUUCUGGUGAAAAGUGUUAUUUAAUAUUCGGAGUUGUCUGUCACCUUUUAUUGACCUCUAUUUCCUUGUCUGUGACUAACUUUAUGAAAUACAGUUCUUCAUUUCAUAGUUUAAAUUUUACAGAACGA